UCCACAGAUGUGUUCUAAUGGUGUCUAACUGGAGCAGGAAGAUGGAGGUUAAAUGAUGCUGCAGGGGUCGGGUUACACUCACGUGGACCACGGCUGAGUCCUGUAGAUGGCGUACCUGAAGAAGCAGACGUUGAGUCAGCAGAGACAGUGCAGCAGAGCUGCAGUCACGUGAUUCACACCAAUCAAGUCUGCAGCUACAGCGUGAUGAUCUACGAUAGCGGCUGUCAAUGCCACAGAAGGUCAAACACGGAGGAAGAAUUUCUUUGACACUAAUCUCACUGGUGAUCAAUGGACCAUCGACAGCAGCGACUGCGUCGCUCUGUCUCUUCUCUGCCAUCACGCACACGUGAAUAUAUAGAACGUUCCGUGACAUGAGGCGUCGGCGUGCGGCUCCUGUCAACACACCUGCUGCGUUCUUAUCUCACAUGACGACAACGCACUGAACAAAACACCAGAAGUCCUGAUGGAAACUGAGGAACGUUGUUGAAAAAGGAAGAACGGUGACUCCUCAGGCCAUCGGUGAGAAAAGCAGCAAAUGUGAAAUAGUUGAACUUAAGGAUGCCUGGACACUGGAGCUGCGUUCUGCCGGCCUGAUCCAAACUUUUCACUCAAGUACCACCCAGUGUCAGCGAAGCGCUGAAAUAUGCCCCAAGAAUGUUCCACAUGUGUUCUUCCUUAUCCCCAUUGUUCCUCCAGGAGUCCAGACUUUGACCAUGGGUUGGUGGAAAUUUAAAACAAACAAACACAAUUCUCUGCUUUUACGUGAUGCACGGAAAAGGCUUCUAAAUUAGGCUGCAAAAAAAAAUGAUGUGGAAAAAUUCAAAGGGUAAUCCAACACACUUUAACACAACACACUGUUGUUCCCAGUCCCAGUGACUGGAACAUUCCAUGAAGGACAAUAGGCUAUGAAAGAACAGAGGGCCACUUCCUGUCCUUCACCGACAUAAAUCUGGAAAAACGGGGUUUUAGCAGCAGCAGCAGGAGGAAAGCAGAGGAGCUCGACCAAAACCUGACUUCAGUUUCACAACCUCAUCAAAUGCAACCCUGCUGUGGCUCAACCUGGGUGUCGGCCAUUUGUAAGCGUCAUGACCAAUUUAGUGGGCAGUGAAUCACACCUCACGUCCACGUGCUCUUUAUCUCGUAAUCACUUGUUAUGCAACUCACAGAGGCCGAGGGACGCAGACUGGUAUAUACUGUGAGUUGGAAAUAAGUCGAACAUUUCUGUGUCACUGAGUUUUACAGUCCAUCUCCUCAGGUAAUCAUAACCUGGUCAGCAGUAAAGUCCAGAGGCAGAAGAAGACGUGAGAAAAUCUACAUCUGAUCCAUACGUUUGAAAAAAAAAAAUAUCACCGUUUCAUCUGUGCUACGUUUGGAUGAAACACAGACUUAAGUUCAAUCAGUUUAUUUUUGAUUCUGUUGUUUUUUUAUUAUUAUUAUUUUUUACCAUCCUGCAGUGUUUCACAGUCUAAAGAGGUGAGAGAGUGUUUUCAAAAGAACUAAAUUGUCCUUAUUUGGGUGUGUGUGUGAAUUCAUGUGAAUAUGCUUACGCAAGUGCGUGUGUCCGUGCGUCUGCUAUAAAGCAGUGUGAUGUCAUAGUGUCAUAAGGUGUGUAGGGCAGCAGAUGUUAUUUAUGACACUAAGUUGAGGAUAAUAACCUCUGCAUUGUCCUAACAGCUUGAUCCUGAUUGGACCAGACUUGUUGCCAGGAGACACCUGUAGAACAGGACAGAGUUGAGGACAGCACCAUGACAUCACUGGCUACUUUGAACCCUCCAGAAACUCUGUGAAAAAAGAAGCACUUCAUCAUAAACUUGUGACUUCACCAGAGAAGAGAACAGAACCACAUCAACAUCUCAUCUGGGUUCCUCCUCAAACUCAAAGUUCAGUUCCACCACCACCAGCAGCAGCAUCCAGCCCGAAGGUUCCUUCAGCCACCGUACCGCGGCGUGCUCAAACCCCUGACCGCCUUCAUUGUCUGUAUCUAAUCAGGCCUGGAGCCCCAUUAUCUCUCCCUCCCUCCCUUCCUCCCUUCCUCCCUCCCUGUGGCUUAGUCAUUCCCUCAGCCUGACCUUACAAGGAGAAGGCAACAGGGUUGAUGUCACCGAAUGAAGAAUGCUGCGAGAAUCCAGAGAGAGGGAGAGAAGAGAGCAGGAGAAGGAGGGGUCUGAGGGAGAAGGAGAGAAAGAGGGGUGCUGUUUACAUAGUCCUACACGAAUCCUGAGCCCAAGUCAAACAAGAAGAAACUUGUUUGGAAGUAUGGUGUCAUUCCUUUUCCAGGCUGAAAAGUACAGAAGGAGGGUCUAGGUUAAUAGGUGGGGAGAAGAGAAGAGAGGAGGAGAGGAGAGGAGUGACCAGAGGAGACACAAGUCAGAGCUCUGCUGCAUCUGCUGGAGGAAAAAAAAAAGGACAAAAAGGAGGAAGGAAAGAAAAGUACAGCCUGACUGCAGCUGCUUCAGACCAGGAUUUCAACAUCAGAAAAUGGAGAACUCCAACAGCAGCAAGCCAUACAUGGUGACGUCCUCUCUGAACUUUAAGGUCACCACCCCAUCCUUCUACAACCAGCCAAAGAAGUUUGCCUCUGUAGCACCGCCUCGACCCAAAAGCCAGACCCCUCCAUUGGCGCCGUCCCCGACGCCAGUUGGCACUGGUGUGAUUGGUCGAGUGGGAGAUCUGCCUCCACCACCAACUUCACUCUGCGAUGAUUUCCCUCCUCCUCCUCCACCUCCUCCUCCUCUGGACGAUGAUUUGCCCGAGCCCCCCCCUGAAUGUCAGACCUCGCCCUGUGCCACUGAAGCUCCCCCUCCCGCCUUCCCUGCGCCACCUCCAGUGGCAGAUGAUCUGCCCCUCCCGGCACCCCCUGAAGAGAGUGCAUGUCUGCCCACCUGCCCCUCGCCCCCUCCCCCUCCUCCCCCUCCGCCUCUCCCUUCAUCAACUACAAGUGUGGUCCUGAACACACAGAGACAGAUGGAGAAGCAGAGCAGCUUUGACCAACAGCUGGACUCUCUGACUGACCUACUGUCUGAGAUGGAGACCAGAGGACCCUUUAACCCAAAGUUACCGAGCCAGUAUUCUUCUGCACCAGCACCAAAGCCUUCAGCUCCUCCUCCGACGGCUCCCAAACCGGCCCUGUCCUUCCUACCACCGCCUGAAAUGGGAGACCGCCCACCUCCGGCACCGUGGGCCGAAGAACUCAAAGCCAGAACCAACCGGAACGCCAGUCAGGGCUCCGGACCGAACUCUGCUGCUCAGCCGUUUUCCAAAGCUCCAGCGGUGGCGCCCAAGACCAGCUUCAGUGGGAGGGGCUCCUCUGCUUCUCUGGCCCAGAAACUGAACCAGAACCUGAACCAGACCUCCGCUCCAGUCAGUGUAGCACCAAAACCUGCACCUCCCUUUGCCUCCAACGCUUUCCCACCAGCGCCUGCAGCGCCCCCUGCGCCUCCUGCACCUCCCACUCCACCAAACAGCACAGCAGCAGCAGCUCCUUCCACCAACCACGUGAAGAGUUCUCCGUUUUCCACUCAGCUGAACAUGAACCAGAACCAGAACCCUCCUGCAGCUGCUGCUCCUCCUCCUGUUCAACCCAAGACCGCGGGGUCGCCACCCUCCUUUUCUAGCCCUCCAUCCAAACCCCCGCCUGCGUCGAUGCAUCCACCUCCUGGCCCAGUUUCUAUCCCCGGUGGAGGUGUUCCUCUGAACAUGAAGGAGGUCGAAGAGCUGGAGAGGAUGACCCAGGACUUCAUGAAAAACAUGGACAAACACCCCCCCCUCAUCACCUCCCCCCCCACAGAGGUGUGUGGUAAGUGCGGUGAAGCUCUGUCCCGCAGUCAGCCGGCAGUCAGAGCCAUGGACAAACUCUUCCACUCCAACUGCUUCUGCUGCAUGAGCUGUCACCGCCCCCUGCAGGGCAUGCAGUUCUACGACAGAGACGGCUGUCCUCAGUGUGAGGACUGCUACAAGAGUUCCCUGGCCGUGUGCUCCAGAUGUGGGGAGCGGAUCACGGACCGCGUGUUGAAGGCAGUGGGCCAGUGUUUCCACGCCCACUGUUUCCGCUGCAGCACCUGCUCCUGUGUACUUGAGGGGGCGCCCUUCAUCACAGAUGACAACAACAACCCUUACUGUGUCCAGGAUUAUCACAGGCGUUUCUCUCCUCUGUGUGUGAGCUGUAACGAGCCCAUUGUUCCCGCUCAAGGCAGUGAGGAAACGGUCAGGGUGGUGGCCCUGGACAAGAACUUCCACCUCAAGUGUUACCGCUGUGAAGACUGUGCUCGGCCCCUCUCCAUAGAAGCAGAUGAAAACGGCUGCUUUCCUCUGGAUGGUAAAAUCCUGUGUAUGAAGUGCCACACCCAGCGGGCCAAGCAGGCUGCGCACUGACCGCGGUACGACGCCCACCCAGUUCAGAAGCACAGGAUCCACUCAGCUACUGGUUUUUUGCCUUUGCAACAGCAACUGUGUUCAGUAGAGAUCUGCAGGCGUGAAUGUGAACGUGCUGAGAAAAAAAUGUUUGCAUGCAGGUAAAGUGUCGCCCACCCCCGUGCCCCCGCCCCUCGUCUUUGUUUGCUUCAGUGCAGAAGUAAUGUACUGCACUGAGGGGCCAAAAAAAAAAAAGAAAAAAGUCACGGUUAUUCCAAACCCUCCAACGUCAGCCUUCUUUGUGAACGAUAGCGUAUAUAUUUUUGUGAAAACAAUGUUUACUCCUAAAUUGCCAGCAAAACUUGCACAAGAACAGUUUGAUGGAGAAAAAGAACAAAAACAAAAAAAAUAAAAUAAAGAGUUGCCUUUCUUUGUUUCGUCACAGCAGCCUCGUUAGCAGCACCGCCUGUUUUCAUCCGUAACCGUGGUGAUGACGCUCAUGUUGAACGCCGAUGUUCGCGCCGAUGUCUUACGUUGCAGUGAAAACCAUUCCACACGCGUCGACCGCCGUGGCUCUGUCGUCACAGCGCGCUCUCUCAACACUUUCUGUCAGCAUGGUUCACGGUGCUUGCCUUAAAAAGUGCUUCGUAUCAGCUGCUCUGCUCCAGGAGUUUCGUAGAGUCUUUAGGGCUAAACCGCGAGAAAAAAACCACAAUAGAUAAAAGCAGUAGAUGUUGUUCUUGGUUUUUGUUGAUGUGAAUCUGUGCGUUGAUAAUUGUUGAGAAUUAUCGUUACUUUCCUUCUUUGACCGUUUGAAAGCAGAUCAAAACUGAAAUCAACAGGGUUUUUUUAACAGUCGAUUAGAGCUGAACAGUGUUAAGUGUUGUAUCAAUGCAUGCACAAAGUAAAUGCACGAACAGUCCAGCGAUGCACACACGUCAACCCAGGGAAACAGUGUCGUUACAACGCAGCUGAACGGCUGAAAGAACGAAAAAAAAAAG